UGAUUCAAACAAUCAUUCAUGAUGACCAUUCUUACUACACAAAUUUCACUUCUUUUGCUUUUACUUUUAUCUAUAACCACAUUCUACAAAAGCUCGUGCAGCAAUCACACAGUGGUUGGAUGCAAUGAGAAAGAUCGAGAGACACUCUUAACCUUCAAAAAAGGAAUCAAUGACACUCUUGGUCGGAUAUUAACGUGGUCAACCGAAAUAGAUUGUUGUGCUUGGGAAGGAGUCCACUGUGAGAACAUUACCGGAAGAGUUACAAAACUUGAUCUCACUGGAAAAUCUAAUUUUGACAAUGAGCCAUUUUUGAAAGGUGAGAUGAAUCUUUGUAUUCUAGAACUUGAGUUUCUCAGUUACUUGGAUUUGAGCUCAAAUGAUUUUGAUGUGAUAAGAUUUCCAUCCAUUCAACACAACCUCACACAUUCAUCUAACCUUUUCCACCUUGACUUAUCCCCCUUCCGUUAUCAUGAUCACGGUCCUCUUCACAUGGAUAAUCUUGGUUGGCUUUCUCCACAUUCUUCCUUGAAAUAUCUCGACCUUAGUGGAAUUCAUCUUCAUAAGGAAACCAAUUGGCUUCAAAUAGUGAAUACACUUCCUUCACUAUUAGAAUUACAGUUGAGUCAUUGUAACCUGAACAACUUCCCAUCUGUUGAGUAUUUGAAUUUGUCUUUACUUGUAACUCUUGAUCUUUCUUUAAACAACUUCACCUCUCAUUUACCUGAUGGGUUUUUUAAUCUUACCAAAGAUCUCACUUAUCUUGACCUUUCACAGAGUAAUAUAUAUGGUGAGAUACCUUCAAGCUUGCUAAACCUUCAAAAUUUGAGAGACCUUUAUCUCUCCUAUAACCAACUACAAGAAUCAAUUCCAGAAGAAAUAGGCCAACUUGCCCAUAUUCAACAACUUGAUCUCUCUGAAAACCAACUACAAGGAUCUAUUCCUUCAACUCUAGGAAAUCUCUCUUCCCUAAAUUACUUAUCUAUUGGCUCUAAUAAUUUCUCUGGUGAAAUUUCAAAUUUACAUUUUUCCAAACUCUCUAGUUUAGAUCAUCUAGACUUGCGUAAUUCAGAUUUUGUAAUCCAGAUUGAUUUGGAUUGGGUUCCUCCCUUUCAACUCUCCCACCUGUCUUUGAGAAAUACAUAUCAAGGCCCAAACUUUCCAUCUUGGAUAUAUACACAGAAGACACUUCAAUAUCUCGACAUAUCGAGCGCGGGAAUUUCAUUGGUAGAUAGAAAGAAGUUCUUGAACCUUAUAGAAAGAAUACCGGUUGAACUUUAUUUGUCAAACAAUUCAAUUGCUGAAGACAUAUCAAACCUAUCACUAAUUGGUUACGUGGUAAGGCUGGAUCACAAUAAUUUCACAGGAGGACUCCCAAACAUAUUGUCAUUUGCCUAUGGAAUUGAUUUGUCUUACAACUCCUUCUCAGGAUCAAUUCCACAUAGUUGGAAGAACUUGGAAUAUUUAUUUUACAUUAACUUGUGGAGUAAUAGACUGUCUGGUGAGGUUCUAGUAAACCUCUCCGAUUGGAGACAAUUGCAAUUCAUGAACUUGGGAGAAAAUGAAUUUUCUGGAACCAUACCAUUGAACAUACCACAAUAUUUAGAAGUAGUCAUACUGAGAGGUAACCAAUUUGAAGGGAGUAUUCCAACACAAUUAUUCAAUCUCACUAAUUUGUUUCAUUUGGACCUUGCACAUAACAAACUUUCAGGAUCUAUAACGGAGUGCAUUUAUAACUUGACUCAUAUGGUUACUUCUAAUUUUGUGGAUGAAUGGAAUAAUGCUCCAAUUGAGUUGUUUACAAAAGGUCAAGAUUAUGUGUAUGAAAUCGAACCAGAUAGGCGAACUAUUGACUUUUCAGCUAAUAACUUGUCUGGAAAAGUGCCAUUGGAAUUAUUUCGGCUUGUUAAAGUUCAAACAUUAAACUUAUCUCACAAUAAUUUCAUUGGAACUAUACCGAAGACGAUUGGAGGCAUGAAAAAUAUGGAAUCUCUCGAUUUUUCUAAUAAUAAGCUUUGUGGUGAAAUUCCUCAGAGCAUGUCUCUCUUAACUUUUUUGGGUUAUUUGAAUUUAUCAUACAAUAAUUUUGACGGAAAAAUCCCAAUAGCAACGCAACUUCAAAGUUUUAAUGCAUCAAGCUACAUUGGCAAUCCAAAAUUAUGCGGCGCUCCUCUUAAUAACUGUACCACGGAAGAAGAAAAUCCUGGAAAUACAGAGAAUGAAGAUGAUGAAUCUAUAAGAGAGUCAUUGUAUCUAGGCAUGGGAGUGGGAUUUGCAGUAGGUUUCUGGGGGAUUUGUGGUUCUAUGUUUCUUAUUAGGAAAUGGAGGCAUGCGUACUUUCGGUUAGUUGAUAGAGUGGGUGACUAUCUCUAUGUUACUUUGAUCGUAAAGUUAAAUAGCUUUCGCUGAAACUGAGGUUAGUUAAGAGCUGUAUCAGAUGAGGUCAUGUGUGACUAGACUACUCUUCUUGGGGUUGUACUCUCUAAUGUUGCUCAUGUUAUGUAUAUCUCUCUAUAUAUUAGUUUAUGCGGAUAGUUGCAGAAUAAGAAAUUGUGCAGAAACUUUGUUGCUUAUAAUUUUACAUUAUAGCUAAAUCCCAUAUGAAAUUUGAUUUUCAUUACAGAAGGAAAGAGCAAACGAAAAAAAUUAGUAACGGUUACAAUUCCAAGUCUUUCCUGCCUUUUCUUAGUCUUGUUUGG